CAUAGCCUGCGCUGCGCUCUUUGCUUGCAGUCGGGGGAGGGGUUUUGCUGGUUCAUUGUUACUCGCUCGUUGUUCACGUUGCUUCGCUGGGAUUUGAGCCUGAUUUUAAUACCGAAAGAGAGUGGGACCUUCGGAGCUAUUAGGGACGGCGCGAUACCCGUCGCGUGGAAAUUUGCAGGAUUGGGGAUCUCAUCCAAUAUGCAGUGGAGCAGUGACAGUAAGGUUGGGCUCGCUGGGCUUGAUAAUGGGAAAGAAUAUAUCACGCCAGAUGCGCUGCUGGCGAAGAAGCAACGGAAGCCGUCUAGCACGAUUUAUCUGAUGCUUGGUUUUGUGUUUCUGCUCUUUGGGUGGCAUUUCUGGGAUGGGAGGAGGGUUUUGGGUGUAAGUGUGGGGGGAGACGCCGCUGUGGAGGAAGCAGAGAAAGCGGAGGAAGCAGCUGUCAGAUGGAGUGGUAUAACACCUAGUACUCAUCUAGAAUAUCACGAUUGCUAUAACAGCACAUAUCAAUGUGCUCGUUUAGAGGUCCCCAUGGACUGGAAUUGCACAGAUGGCAAAGGCAGCAAGAUGCAGAUUGCUGUCAUUCGUCUGCCUGCUCCCGUUCCCGUCACAGAUGCUCGGUAUGGCGGUCCUGUGUUUGUCAAUCCCGGGGGCCCUGGUGGCUCAGGAGUAGGCAUGGUGCUUGCCGCGGGCAGUGGACUCCAGACUAUCGUGAAUCCAGAGGGGGAUCUAGGUGGACCUAGUGAUGAUCCAAAUCUAAAGAUUGGCAAGUACUUUGACAUCAUUAGCUUUGAUCCACGGGGCAUUGGAUUGACCACGCCAUCAAUAUCGUGCUUUCCAGACGCCAAUUCACGAAUGAAUUGGCAACUUGGAAAGGAUGCCAUUGGGCUUCUCGGGAGCUCAGAGACGGCCUUGACUAAGCACUGGUAUCGGUCGAAGGCUAGGGGCGAGGGAUGCUCUGUGGCAAUGAUUCCAGUUGAAGAGGGAGCUAACUAUGUUGGCGAGCACGUGAACACAACCCCCGUCAUCAGAGACAUGCUAGAAAUUGCUGAAAAGCACCAAGAUUGGGUUCACAAGCAGCUCAAAGAACCACACGAGCCGAAAGAACUACAGCGAAGACAAGAACCCGUAAAGCUUCAAUAUUGGGGUUUCUCAUACGGCACCAUUAUUGGUCAGACCUUUGCAGCGAUGUAUCCAGAUCGCGUUGCACGCAUCGCUGUGGAUGGUGUUGUUGAUCCAAAUGACUAUCAUCAUGGCCCUUGGUUCACAAACCUCCCGGACACCGACAAGAUCUUAUGGAAGCUCUUCGAGCAUUGUGCUGAGGCCGGUCCUGAGGAUUGUCCAAUGUACGUCGAAGGAGGCUCCGACGCGAUCAUGGCAUCAUACGACAGACUGCUACGUGACAUCUGGUUUGAUCCGCUACCUGUGCCUGCGUCCUUGACUCGCGGCCCCGAUGUCAUUACUUGGAGCGACAUGAUAUCCUUCAUGCGAAUGGCCAUAUAUCAGCCCUUGGCUGAAUCCAAAUUUGUAGCGGAUGUCUUUGGAGCUCUAGCUAAGGGUAAUGGGUCAGCUUUCGCAGACUGGAAGCAAUCCGAAACAGCCCAGUCAUGCCCGACAAAAGAAUGCAAGCUCGCAGGUCCUUACUCACCUCCCUGCAAUCGGCAGAAUGGUGGCGAUGCUAGUUCUGCGAUUAUGUGUACCGAUAGUCCGGGGUUAGGACAGCUGGACAUCAGCGCCUUCUCCGAGUACAUGGAAGCACUAGCAAACCAGAGCUCUGUGCUGGGGUACUGGUGGAGCCAUGAGCGAUUGGGCUGUGUCGGAUGGAAGGCAAAGGCAAAGUGGAGGUUUGAUGGACCUUUUACUGGUAACACUGCGCAUCCCUUGCUCUUCAUUGGAAAUACCCUCGACCCGGUGACACCACUUGCAAACGCGGCACGCAUGUCAAAGCAAUAUAAGGACGCUGUCCUGCUCCAGCAGGACUGUGAAGGUCACACGACGAUUGCUUCACCAUCGAUCUGCACAGCAAAAGCCGUGCGAAACUACUUCCAGACCGGAGCUACUCCUAAGACAGGUACGAUUUGCCCGCCUAUAGAAAGACCUUUUGUUGGGAGGAUUGAGAAAGAAGAGAAGCGUAAUAGCGAAGACCAGAGGAUUUUAGAUGCUAUAGAGAGCAUUCGGCUUUCAUUGCGCCUAUCAAGAGAAGGUUGGUAGACGAUCAAUUCCAAAAACGAUGUUGAAAGUUAGCCAUAUAUUUAGCCA